ACCUUGGCAUGUGGACAUUUAUGUCUUGGUUUCUGUUUUGUCGAGUCAUCUGUUGCCGUAGUUGUCGCGAUGGCGGUCCUAGACGAACUCGAGAACGGAACUCCCUUGGAGAGUCUCUCAACUAGCGAUGAAGAGACACAAACCCCAAGCAUUGACAGCCCUAACCCACUAACUUUCGAGGACCCUCAUGAUCCCGCGAAUCCCAAGAACUGGUCGUUGUUUAGAAAGUUGUUUAUUACUUUCAUCUGGAUAGCGGGAAAUCUGGUGGCCUCGGUGUCUUCGAGUAUCUUCAGCAGUGGUGCCCAGGCAAUUAGCGAAGAGUUUCAUGUUGGUACGGAAGUUGUGACUCUAGGAGUCAGUCUAUUCGUCGUUGGCUAUUCCGUUGGACCACCAUUUUGGAGUCCCAUAUCCGAACAAUUUGGAAGGAGAAAGCCCAUGAUUGUUGGCAUGGCACUUUUUACCCUUUUCUGCAUCCCUGUCGCAGUAGGAAAGAACUUGCAAACGAUUCUUAUCGGCCGGUUCUUCUGUGGAGUUUCUGGCGUAGCACCCAUUGCUCUCUUUGGAGGCGGUCUCGUCGAUAUUUGGCACCCUGAGCAGCGCGCAAUUGCCAUGGCGACCGUCAUUGGCAUAGUUCUUGGAGGACCCUUGCUGGCUCCGGUGAUGGGCAAUUUUAUUACUGCUAGUCAUCUCGGCUGGCGAUGGACCGGAUGGCUGAGCUGUAUAAUGGGAGGGUCAUGUACAGUUCUAUGUGUCCUUGGAUUGCCAGAGACAUAUCCCCCUAUCAUCCUACAGAAGAGGCAAAAAUUGGAUCCAGCCUCACAGAAUUCACCAAAGGAUACAGAUGGAUGGAAUAGAUUUGUCCGCGUGUAUCUAGUCCGGCCUUUUGUCUUACUCGCAACCGAACCCAUCUUGGUCCUCAUGACCCUCUACCAGGCAUUUGUCUAUGGCAUUCUCUACAUCGUCUUCUCUUCAUACCCCAUCAUUUUCCGCGAACAACGUCAUUGGAAACUCGGUCUGUCAUCUCUUCCCUUCUUGGGUAUGAUGGUUGGUGUUUUCAUCGGCUCUGCUAUGAUUGUAACACGUACUGUGUUGGUUCAACAAGCGAGCCUUAAAAAGAAAGCUGAAGGCAAUUCUGAUCCUGCUCAGGCACCAGCACCUGAGAGGCGUUUGCCAUUAAUGAUGGCCGGUAGCGUGCUACUCCCUAUCGGGCUCUUUAUCUUUGGAUGGACUUCUGCUCCCCACAUUCCCGUGGUUGGGAUGAUCAUUGGCAGUCUCUUUAUUGGCGCCGGUUUGUUGUGUAUCUUUGUUACCGCGAUGACAUAUAUUCUGGAUGUCUAUUCGCACAUUGCUAACAGCGCACUCGGUGCAAACACCAUCGUACGCUCCUUUUUUGCGGCUGGCUUCCCUCUGUUUGCUAGUUACAUGUAUCAUGGUCUUGGCGUUGCAUGGGCGUCAAGUGUCUUGGGAUUCGUGAGCGUUGCCAUGAUUCCAAUCCCGAUUCUCUUUUACAAAUAUGGGCCGCGAAUCAGAGCUCUGUCUAAGAAUUUGAUGGUAUAAGUUGCGUUUUUGUGGGCAUCAUUUGAGUGGUCUGGAUCUGCGGCGCGGGAGUUACGCGAAGUUGAUUGUAUCCAAAUAUCUACUAUUUAUGCAAUCCAAUAAUGAAC